AUGGCCAAACAGUUGCCUGUAAUAGCGCUGGAAGAUUUGGAUAGCUUUACCCUGACCAGGACGAGCUCGGGCUUUGCACUCAAAGCCUUUCAUGUUCCUUGGAACAUUCCCAUCUCAGUGAAGCUGCUGAGCAGCCAGAAUACUGCAGAGAGGGAGUGGAAGUUGCUGCUUCAGGAUGUGGCAGCUCUCCAGCAUUACCAGUCUGACCGUCUCCUGCCUUCUCUGGGCAUUUACCAGCACUGUGGGCUCAUGGGGACAGUGACUGAAUGGAUGAACAACGGAUCCCUCCACUCCCUCAUCCAUGAGCAUCAGCUGUACCCGGAGCUUCCGCUUCCCUUGCUCCUAAGGAUCCUAUGGGAUGUGUCUGAAGGGCUUCACUGCCUUCACAGCCUCGAGCCUGCCCUCUGCCAUGGCAGCCUUAAACCUUCUAACGUCCUCCUGGAUGCCCAGUACAGAGCCAAGAUAUCUGAUUAUGGUCUAACCUCCUGGAGGAAAGAGCAGCAGCGGUCAGACCUGCAGAACUGCAAUCACAGAAACUGCCCGGAUUUCAUGUACCUCUCUCCUGAAACACUUGAAGGAGGUUUGCCGUCACAGGAGGGUGAUAUUUACAGUUUUGGAAUACUCUGUUGGGAGAGCAUUAGCAGACAGAAACCGUUUGAAGGCCAAAAAACCCUGCUGGAAAUUUUAAGGAAAAUCUGUAGUGGUUUGCGUCCUGGGACUUCAGCAAAGUUCAUACCGAGCAACUUGCCACAGAGGAACAGACUGGUGCAACUCAUUGCUCUGUGCUGGCAUCAAGAACCAGAUUACAGGCCACAUAUUACAGAAUGCACAGAUGUUCUAAAGGGAAUUUUGGCUAAUAUAAACAAGGAGGCAAUUUCCACUGCGGUCUACAGUCUGAUGGAUGCAAAGGAGACAGCACUUAAUGCAUGCAAAGGUUCAGAAACAUACACACUGCAGACAGGCAUACGCAAUUCAAAGACCAUCUGUCCACAAGAAAACAACCAAGUCAUCAACAAGAAAAUUCCUCUCCUAGUGCCAAACCUGUCAGCUAUCCUACUUGACAGUAGUGCAAGUAACUCAGGAAAAGAAAAUGCUCUCGAGAUGGCUUUGGCAAAUACUAUCCCACCAAAGACAACAACACAGCAAGAUCAUCCAGGUUCUAACGGUAGGAAAGCAAACCUGGGGCCUUCCUUUUCUGCUGUUCCUUUAUCUGGCGCAACUACAGGCAGAGAAAGCAGCCUGUGCCACAAGAGCCCACGAGAGCCACUGCAGCACAGGCCACAAAGCAGGAAUCCUGAGCAAGCACUGCCAGGUCCUUGCUGCAAAAGGAACUGCUGCCAAAUACUAACCUGCCGUCGGGAAGCCAUUCUGAGCUGCAUGACGGAAGGACGCCUCAACCGCAUCCUGGAUGUCCUUCGCUCGCAGCAAACCAUGUCCCGAGUGGACUACGAAGCGAUCACCUCGUACCCCACAGUGACUGCUCGCGCCCGCGCGCUGUUAGAUACUUGUCUUUGCCUUGGAGAGAGGGCAGCACAGGUUGUAGUGACUGCAGUGAGCAAAUGCAGCCCUUUGGCACAACGCAACCAUUGCACAGACUGUCUUUCUAGGCAGAUAAAUAAGCUAUUGCAGUGA